AUGGGUUGGGUUGAGAAAACCAACACGGCUGUAGCCAAAAGCGUUGUUGGACGGCAUUUCAGACUGGAGUUCUCGGGAGACAGACGGGAGAGGAAAGGCUCGAGAUUUUUGACGGAGGUCAGAGCUGGAUUAGCUACCUUCUUUGCCAUGGCAUACAUCGUCUCAGUCAAUGCUUCGAUAGUUGCAAAUACUGGAGGCACUUGUAUAUAUCCUUAUUGCACGAAUGAAAACAAUCCAGCAUAUGCGCCGUACAUAAUGUGCACCCAACAAAUCAACAGAGACCUGGUCACAGGAACGGCAGCCAUCUCAGCUUUGACGAGUUUCUGCAUGGGACUUUUUGCAAAUAUGCCAAUAGCAUUGGCACCUGGAAUGGGAUUGAACGCAUAUUUCACAUACCAAGUCGUUGGAUUCCACGGCCAGGGGCUUGUGCCCUACCGUCUUGCACUUACAGCAGUGUUUGUCGAGGGCUUGAUCUUCGUGGCGCUGUCCAUCCUUGGUCUCAGACAAUGGCUUGCACGUGCCAUACCAUCAAGUCUGAAGAUCGCCAGUGGAGCAGGAAUAGGACUAUACCUCGCUCUCAUCGGGCUUACGUAUAACGCGGGUAUCGGUGCUAUCACGGGCAGUACCGACGACCCCUUGGAACUGGCUGGAUGCAUCCCCGCACAUAGGGACGUGAAUGGCAUUUGUACCUCUGGCAAGAUGCGGAAUCCUACAAUGUGGCUCGGCAUCUUCGGCGGGGGAAUCUUCACGGCAUUCUUAAUGAUGUACCGCAUCAAGGGCGCCAUCAUCGCCGGGAUCCUCCUUGUUUCUAUCAUCUCUUGGCCACGAGAUUCGUCUGUGACAGCCUUCCCACACACUCCACUGGGCGACUCCUCCUUCGACUUCUUCAAGAAAGUGGUUACCUUCCACCCCAUCGAACAUGUCCUCGGGGCACAGGACUGGAACAUUACCGGCUCGAACGGAGGGCAGUUUGCCGUGGCGCUCAUCACAUUCUUAUACGUCGACAUCCUCGACUGCACCGGGACUCUCUACUCCAUGGCUCGCUUCUGCGGCGCCAUUGACGAAGACACGGGGGAUUUCGAAGGCAGCGCAGUGGCAUACCUGAUCGACGCCAUGGGAAUUACGAUCGGCUCCCUCUUCGGCUGCCCUCCCGUGACAGCAUUCAUCGAAUCCGGAGCCGGCAUCUCGGAAGGCGGGGCCACAGGAAUCACUGCAUGUGUGACCGGCCUCUGCUUCUUUAUAUCAAUAUUCUUCGCUCCCAUCUUCGCGAGUAUACCGAGUUGGGCGACGGGAUGUACGCUCAUUCUCGUGGGCGCUAUGAUGGCGAGAGCUUGUACGGAUAUCAACUGGCGGUACAUCGGGGACUCGAUCCCUGCGUUCUUGACACUGGCUGUCAUGCCGUUCACAUAUUCGAUUGCCUAUGGUCUCAUCACCGGCAUCGUCACCUACAUCAUCCUCAACGUCGGCGCGUGGCUCAUUGCCAAAGCAUCAGGCGGCCGCAUCAUGCCUCACGACUACGAGCACAAAGACUACUGGACGUACAAAGUCCGCGGUGGCUUGCUACCCGGCUGGGUGAAGCGCUUGUUCCAGGGGAAGCGAGAUUUCUGGCGCGAAUGGGACUUUGAUGCCGAGGAGCUGACGAGAAUUGCUCAACUAGACAUCACUUCGCAGAUCUAA